GUUGUUGAACCUCAAUACUGACUGAAUGACCCUUUUUUUACAUGAUGUGUAUUUAUUCUCCAUUCAAACUCCAUGAAACCCAUGUUCAUCCUGACAUGAGCCCUCUGCGUGCUGCAUAGGUCCUUGAGGGUGGUAGGUGGUCCUGAGUUCUUGGUGUAAGCUCACUCUUUCCCCCUCAGUCGCCUUCAUUCCCCCUCUUACUGCAUCUCUCCUCACCCCACUCCUUAAUGCCACCUCCCCAUCACCAUAACUCAAGUCUUAUACCGUCUGAAUAGAAACUUCAGUGUUGUGUUGGAGGAGUACAAUAUCUUCAUUUCCUCCCUAUCACACCAAUCUAAGCUGAUAACAAGCAUACUAUUCGGAGUUAAACAUUUUGAGUGGGGUUUCUUAAUAGUUUUCACAUUUCAUUGUCUUAAUAUACUGUAACCUUCUGAGAACAGAUGUUUGCUGUUAGUCUGUAUGAUGUAUCACCAAAAAAAGGCCGGUGAACAUCACUGUGUUGCUUGGGUCCAAUAUCCACACAUAAAAUCCCUCCCCAAAGUGUUUUAAUGUGGUAUGCUAGUGUAGGUCUAAAUAUUGCAGUAGAGCCACUUUGUCCAUUUUGGUUGGUGUUAACCCUCUUAUCUUUUCAGUCAAAAUUAGAUGAAGCGCCAAAUUGUCUUUGUCUAUCGUGAAAUUAUGUAGUUCUAGCUUUUUUUGGAAUGGUCAGGUAAGACUUGACUACACAACUGGAGAGUUUCCCAUUGUGUUUCAGUAUGCCUUUUGGCACCAGCAGAAAGGUUCCUGAGGCCUUACAGAAUGCCUAUUGGCAGAAGUGGCCAAGAAAGCAUGUGCCUAUAUUCCUUUUUACUUCCCAACAUAGGAUUACCUGAAGACUUCAUUGUACCAAGGAGUGCUUAUUACAUCAUUGACUCAUCGUAGCAAUGUGGUGUUUGUUAACAGAAGCUUGGCAAUGGAGAAGAUUAAGUGCUUUGGAUUUGAUAUGGACUACACUCUGGCAGUGUAUAAGUCCCCUGAGUACGAGUCCCUGGGGUUUGACCUCACCGUGGAACGUCUCGUUCACAUCGGUUAUCCACAGGAGCUGCUAAACUUUGUCUACGACCCUGCUUUCCCCACCAGGGGCCUGGUUUUUGACACAAUGCACGGGAAUCUACUCAAGGUUGACGCAUAUGGUAACAUCCUAGUCUGUGCCCAUGGCUUCAACUUCAUGAGGGGACCUGAGAUCAGAGAGAUGUAUCCCAACAAGUUUAUCCAACGUGGUGAUACUGAGCGCUUCUACAUUUUGAACACACUGUUCAACCUCCCUGAAACAUACCUCUUUGCUUGUCUGGUCGACUUCUUUACACACUGCUCCAAAUACACAAGCUGUGAGACUGGCUUUAAGAAUGGAGACCUCUUCAUGUCCUACAAGAGCAUGUUCCAGGAUGUCCGUGACGCUGUUGACUGGGUCCACUUGAAGGGGUCUUUGAAAGAAAAAACUCUAGAAAACCUGGAGAAGUAUGUGGUCAAGGAUGGGAAGCUCCCUCUCCUAUUGAGUCGGAUGAAUGAAGUGGCCAAGGUGUUCCUGGCCACCAACAGUGACUACAAGUACACAGAGAAAAUCAUGACAUACCUGUUUGACUUCCCCCAUGGCCCCAAGAUGGGAAUGCCCCAUCGGCCAUGGCAGUCCUACUUUGACCUGAUUUUAGUCGACGCCCGCAAGCCUGUGUUCUUCGGAGAAGGCACCGUGCUACGGCAGGUGGACACAACCACUGGCCGGCUGAAGAUUGGCACUUACACAGGACCCUUGCAGCACGGCAUAGUGUACUCUGGAGGUUCUUCUGACAUAGUUUGUGACCUGCUCGGGGCCAAAGGGAAAGACAUAGUGUACAUUGGUGACCACAUAUUUGGGGACAUUCUCAAGUCCAAGAAACGCCAGGGAUGGAGGACCUUCCUGGUGAUCCCUGAACUGGCCCAGGAGCUGCAUGUUUGGACCGACAAGAGCUCUCUGUUUGAGGAGCUCCAGUCUCUGGACAUCUUCCUUGCUGAGCUCUACAAACAUCUUGACAGCAGCAGCAAUGAGAGACCUGAUAUUAGUUCCCUCCAGCGCAGGAUCAAGAAAGUGACCCAUGACAUGGACAUGUGCUAUGGGAUGAUGGGCAGCCUGUUCCGCUCUGGCUCCAGACAGACUCUGUUUGCCUCUCAGGUGAUGCGCUACGCCGACCUGUACGCUGCCUCCUUCAUCAACCUCCUCUAUUACCCAUUCAGCUACCUGUUCAGAGCUGCGCACGUUCUGAUGCCCCAUGAGUCGACAGUGGAGCACGCCCACGUGGACAUCAACGACACAGAGUCGCCCCUGGCAACGCGUAACCGCCACUCCGUUGACUUGCUGGAGUUAGACUGCAAGAGGCACCAGCUGACCCGCUCCAUCAGUGAGAUCCAGCCCCCGAACCUGUUCCCUCAGACCCCCCAGGAGAUCACCCACUGCCACGACGAGGAUGAUGACGAGGAAGAAGAAGAAGAAGAGUAGGCAGAAAGGGGGAUGCUCCUGGAGAGUAGACGUUUGCUUUAGAUGCUGAUCCAGGAUCGGUUUAUAUCAGCUCCUUCAUUCUUAACUAAAUGAAGGUGAAACAAAACUGAAUUUAGAUUAGUGUCUAGUGGCAUAUUGAAACUACUCCAGAAGGCAUAUGGCGAGUACUGUAGUUUAGGCAGGUAGCUCAUCAGAUAUACCCAUCCAAGGAAUUGGAGAGUAAGAGUAAGGAUCUGGGAAAGACCAACACAGAUUUGACUUUGAAUAUAUUUCAUUUGUAUAUAUUUCACAGCAGACUGUAAUUGUUUUUUGUUUGACUAAUUUUGCUUGGUGAAGUUUCCAGAAUCAUUUCCAGAGGUAUCUCUUCAGACCAAACCUUGAGAGAAUGGCCCGCCCCCCAGCCUCCCCAGCAUGUUCACACUGUCAUUAUGCAGUCAGGAUCACAUUCAUGAGCCACACAGGCUGGCUGACUAGGACUACUGUCCCAUAGCGCAUGGUGUGCCUUUGUAGUUGAAGUUUUACUUAAUUUUUUGAACUGAAUGAAAUCGUUGCCUUGGUUAAUGAUAGUUAACACCCGAGGAACAAUAGUACAACUGUAAUUUAUUCAUAUGCACUAGAUUAGACUGUGGUUAUAGAGUACAAUUUUCUCUAAAUGGCUACAAAAUAAUUAAUUUGACAACUGAAAGCAUGUUUUGGCCACUGUGAUACAAUACAUGUCUAAUGUACUUUAUAUGUAAUGUUAGUUGUUUGACAUUACACGGCAACUGCCGAUCCAUAGCAGUAUAAGUCCGAAUUCUGCUCCAGAAAUCCUUACGACAUUUGGUUACUUAAAGCAGAUUUUCCUAUAAACAGCUCCCACAGAAUUGUCGACUAAACAUCCCAGAAGUCAGUAUUCUAUAGCUCAGCCAAUCAGUCCUAUCUCCAAGUGCCCUACCAAUUGUACAGAUGAUGGCAAUAAUAUACCCCAGUGGCCUGUGUUAUGUUUUAAUCCAACCACUUCUGUCUCAUGAAAUACUGUAUUGAUCAGCUCUCUGAAGCUGUUACUGCCUUAGUCUGUUUCUGAAUUCUGGAUUGGUGAGAUUGAAUGUAUAUUCUAUACAAGAGGAGUAUAUUUUUGUGUCUAAUGUUUGAAAAGGAGACCGUCCAGGAAAAAGCAGGUAUUCUGCUUGUUUACUGUAAAAUGGAAGAGAUGUAUUCUGUGCUUUUCAGAGGUUGUAGUUCAAAGACAUUGCCCUGGUUAAUGGCAUGCGGCUUGACUACCUAGAGACUAUCAUACCGAUGCUUAAAACUCAUUAAAUUGCAGUCAAUUAGUGAAAGCCCAAAAAACAUGGUAAUGAAAUGCACCUGCGGUUCCUCCAAAAGCUAGCUUAACCACUGUAAGUAUUCACCCGCAUGAAUAUGUUGAAGAGGUGUAAUGCUGCACUGUGAUAUUUCCUUUUGUGAGUGUCUGUUAUUUGUUAUGGUGCAUAGCAUGACCUAGAACUGUGUUAAUGUGGCCUGGAUCCCAUUUUCUUUUGAAGAGUAUUUUUUUCUACCUUCCCAUGGGGUGGUAGAAUGUUGUGCAAAGUUCUUACUAUGCCAGUAAGGUAUGUGCUGAAAAAUUAUUGGCUGUUUGUUUUUGAUAACUUUUACUGGCCAGUCUUGUCCUACUGUAAGGAACUGGAUUGACCUCCCUCUCCUGGACAGCAAUUAUUUCAGAAAUAUUUAAAUUCACAUUUGCAUUGUGACAGAUUAACCUCGUAUGAAAGUGUGCCAAUAAUUUUCAUGCUAUUAUUUUAGGAAAUGCUUUCCAACAUUUUAAAGAAUAUAAGCAUAUUUUAAAAUGUUUGGAGAUGACAGUUUUUUUAAUUUACUGUAGAACAUUGCUGCUCAAUCCUGUUCUGGGAGCUACCACCCUGUAGGUUCUCCAACUUUAAUUUUGCACACCUGAUUCUAACACACGAUUAGUCACAACUGGGGUUGGAGAAACCUACUGGAUGGUAAAUCUCCAAGAACAGGAUUGAGCUGUAGAAUUCCAGGCUACCUACAAAUGUGUCAGUGACAAUGUAAUGCAGUUUUCUUACCGAAAACAUUAUUUUUUGCAUGUUUUUCAGUUGUUACCAUUGUUUAAAUUGUGGAUUGUUUCCAAGAAUGACCAUUUUGAUGUUAAAUAAAAUGUACUGCUGUUACAUUA